GCAGCAUUAAUCUAAACCCUCAGUGCCACCAGUGCCAAACUACAAGCUCUGCAUGUCCAUCCCGGAAUGGCUUCAGGCAAUACAGACCUACAUGAAGAUGCUGCAAUACAAUCACACAGGAACUCAGUUCUUCGAGAUUAGAAAAACCAGGCCUUUAAGUGGGUUAAUGGAGACGGCAAGAGAAAUGACCAGAGAGUCCUUACCUAUCAAAUGCCUUGAAGCAGUUAUCCUGGGGAUAUACUUAACGAAUGGGCAGCCCUCUGUGGAACGAUUCCCCAUCAGCUUUAAAACCCACUUCUCAGGGAACUAUUUUCAUCAUGUGGUGCUUGGGAUUUACUGCAAUGGCCGGUAUGGCUCACUGGGCAUGAGCAGGCGAUCAGAUUUGAUGGACAAACCUUUAACUUACCGAACUCUGAGUGACCUCAUCUUUGAAUUUGAAGACUCUUAUAAAAAGUACUUGCAUUCAGUGAAAAAAGUAAAAAUUGGAUUAUAUGUCCCGCAUGAGCCGCACAGCUUUCAGCCCAUCGAGUGGAAACAGCUGGUCCUCAAUGUAUCCAAGAUGAUGCGCACAGAUGUCAGGAAGGAGCUGGAGAAGUUUGCUAGGGAUAUGCGAAUGAAGAUUCUGAAACCCUCAAGUGCCCACUCUCCAGUCAAAGAGAGAUCUCGGGGCAAGUCGCUGUCCCCUCGCCGGAGGCAGGCCAGCCCUCAGCGACGGCCCUGCAGAAGAGACAAAUCGCCUGCGGUGGUGGACAAGAAGGCAGAUCUGGCGACGCUCAACGAGGUGGGUUAUCAGCUCCGCAUCUAGCGAAGCCCCGGCUGGGCAGGGGCUUCCUCAGUGCUUCCCACGGCACUUCACCUGCACACCAGUGGAAGGAAGAA